GCGCGGAAACUCAGUCAUUCUGUGACUCAGUCGCUCAUUUGGCGGGAUCGUUCUCAAUUUGCGAAUUUGUUGCGUGGUUUGCCUAGCCUGUUGGCGCGCAAAAGUUCUCUGAGCUGGCACACCCGUCAAGACUGUCAAGGGCAAUGGAAUUCAACAUGACUCAAGUGCAGGCCACGGCAGUGGUGUCGUCAUAUCAAGGAACCUUGCCUGCAGUGAUGUUCGGCAUCAAUCCACUGGAGCAAUGUCAGAUACAGUUUCCAGACAAGCCUGUACAGUCACCGGCACGGCCCUUACAAACGCAUGUUCUGGUCAAUCAAUACCCUCAACAGACCAUUCAGAAGCAGACAGCUGUGGCUCAGCCACGCCUGUCGGUAGUGCUUCCACAACCAGUCAAGACGCUGGUGUUCUUUGACCUUGAAACAACAGGCCUCCCCUCGAAGUACAAGCGAGUCAGCAUUACCGAGAUUGCCUUGGUGGCCAUAGACAGGGCCCACUUCGAGAAGCAAGAUAAGGCUGAAUUUCGGGUGACCCAAAAGCUGACACUGUGCCUGAAGCCUCAAGCCUCCAUGCACCCAAUGGCUAUCAAAAAGUCUGGUCUGGACCCCGUCCUCCUGAAGGACCAGGGACUUUUUAAUCAAGCUCAGCCUGCCAUUCGUGCUUUCCUCUCGGUUUUAGCACAACCAGUCUGCCUUCUGGCUCACAAUGGGGAUAUUUUUGAUUUCCCCGUACUCAUGGAUGAGAUGGUACAUGCCACGGGCAGCAGGGAUGUGGACAAUGUACUUGGUGUACCAGGGCUGGCAUGUUGCGACACGCUCAAGGCUGUGCGCAAUGUGUGGCCUGUGCUACCUCCUGCACCUAAAAAGGGACGCGGCGCGGUGGCUGCCAGCAAGCAGAACUCCUAUGCACUUGACCAGCUGUACAAGCGUUUCUGUGGACGCCGUUCCAAUGCACACCAUGCUGAGCAGGAUUGCAUUGACCUCAUGAAAGUAUGCCACACAGAAAAAGUUGCCUUCCUCGCCUACAUUGAUGCCAAUGCGGCCCUCCUGGCUGAUGCUCAUCGUGACUGGUGAUUGCAACAGCAACCCUGUCGUGCGAUUCGUGAAGUUGUAAAAUUUCUGUGCUGUGCCAUGCCAAAAUCUUUGUAUGAAUUUGGUAAACCUAAGUGUGCCAUCUUACUGGGGCCUUUUCUGUAGGCCUCUUCUGGACUAGUGAUUUUGGCAUGGACGAUCGUGACAGGUGCAUGGUUGAGUGAGCCCCAUUUUUUUUAAUUUAGAGCUUUAGUGCCUAUUUUGGUAGAAGUAUCUGGAUGUCAUUGGAAGGUUUGCAUAGUAAUCGCUAAGUAUCUUGCUUUCAAUCUUCACUCUUAGUCCACCAUGUUGCCCCUGUUUAGUUUGACAGUCACUCUCUUCAUAGAGUGGUUCAUCCUCCUCUCCUUUUCUGCUUUUGACUCCUACAUACUAUAAUUACGUGAUAGUAAGUCUCCUCGAAUGUAGGUCGACCCCCACAAAAUCUCGUGGAGAAAAAAAAGAGGGGGGGGGAAUGGGGAGGGUAUAGCACCAGCCCGUUUCAUUAAAAGAAAACCUAUUUAAAAUGUUUAGAAUGGAAACAAUCGAAGAUGGCUUCACGGCAGAGCUUGAAAGCUAUGCUGGAGAGCUAGCUUUGCAGACAUUUGCGGAGAUAAUUUUCAGUUUUCAAUUCUAGGUCGACCCCCCCCCCCCCACUUUAGAUUUCAAAUUAAGACAAAUUGGGUUGACCUAAAAUCAUGUAAAUACGGCACAUCAGUUGGUGCAGCCUCCACUUUAUUUGUAAAGGAGGAAUGACAGGAAACAAGAGUUUUCGAAUGCCUGCCUGUAAUUUUUCGUGGGGCUGCAAACAUGUGUUAUUGUUAAGGUCUACUGUGAAAUUGUGCUGCAUAAAUGCAUGUGCAUUGACAUUUGUGUGUUCCUCCACAGAACUGCUUUUUUUUUUUUGAGCGAGUGCGAGGAGCUGUAACCAGCACCUCAUUUCUGUGGAACUCUCAAGACCACAAGGUUUACGAUUCCGUAUGCUGUCAUUCGAAUGCUUGUUUUAGGUUUUCCAGAGCCUUAAUUUUUUGUACCUUUUUUGCUUAUUUAUCAGAGUGCUCAACAAAUAAAAUUUUUAUUUGGGGUGUUAUCUUCUGACGCCUUUGCAGCAUGCUCAUCUACCAAUUCAAGUUGGAUUAGGAAACAUGUUAUAAUAUCUAAUGCAUUACUGAUCAUAGGAAUCAUGUGCUUCUGAAGCUAGCUUUCAUUUUUUAUGUGUCCUGGACAUGCAUAGAAGUUAUCUGUACAAAGUAUUUUUUGUUUUUACUGCAUGUGGGACUUAGAACUGUCUGCCUUGCUAGUGUUGUUAAUAUUCACAACCUUUAGACUAUGCAAAUGUGCGUGACUUCUUUGUAUUCAUUGUGUGCAUGUCUUAAAGUAAAAGUCUAGUGCUUAUAGCUUUAUUCAACCUGACUCGCUGAUUUCUCAAUUACUGCAUUUCUUACUAUGACUGCAGUACAAGGUCUAUCAAACGUAGAAAACAUGUAUAAGUCGGGGCUGCAGUCUGCUCUCAUCUGUUGCAGUCGGUGGAGGGUGCAGGCCUUGCUUCGUUUUCGUCAGUGCAUGCAAGCUUGCUUACUGUAAGGGCUCCUCUUCCUUUCAUCAGCAUGAGCUGCUGGUGGGUAUGUUGUGUUUAGUAUAGAGAACCAAGGUUUGCCAUGAUGGAAGAGCAUGACAUGUUCAGUUCUUCAAGUGGUCCUUCGUAAAUUUUUUGGUUGCUGAGAAGAGUGGAACCCGAGUAGUGGAAAGCUCUUGCUUAGUAUGGCUAGAGGGUCUGGGAAAGCCUUUAGCUAAUGCUGUGCCUACUAAUAGGGCUGCAGGAAUAGCCUGUUCUACACCUUGUCCACAUCUCUUUCUUAAAACUCGGUGCUUUGCAAUCGUACAUUGGCACCACAAUGGCAGAAGGCUGAACUUAAGCUUGUGCUGCUGCUGUAUGUGAGUAGUGUGCAACAGCAGCAAGGACCUUUGGGGAAAUUGAAAAGGCACAUGCCACUAUGUCACAUUAGGGGCACUAACAGCAUCAUAAUGGGAAGAUAUAUGAGUACUUUGAUGCUGUUGAUGUCACUGCUUUCACACACAGCUGGGCAUUUUCUUAUAUUUUUAAAGCCCAUCAUCACAUUUAUGUCUUCACAUGCACAGGUCUUUGCAUUGAUUCAUUGGCUCCUUCUCAUUGCAGGAAGGAUUGUGACAAGUCUUUUGAGGCAGAUAGAGCAUUGUAGAGAUCACAUUGCGUGAAAUUGUCCGUUUCUUUUGUGAUCACUCUGUCUCCUGCUGAUGGUUGAUGACGCAUAACUUAAUAAAGUCUGCGUACAGUUUAUCAUCUACAUUUUCUGGAUAGCCGGGGAUGAUUUGAACUAGAUGUGUCCUCUUAGCACUGACAUUGCACUGUUUUGACUUGCAGAGUUUAGCUGAUGGCACUCUUUGUGGUCACGUGUGUAUGUGAACAUUGUGUCAAUUCAUGGUAAUAAUUUAGAAAGACUGCUGUGCAAAUGUUUUGUAAGCAGUCACGCUAUGAGUGCUCACAGUUUGGGACUUGUAUUUUUUUAUUGUUAUACAAACUUUUAUAUGAGAAUGUAUCCAGGUGAUCUGCAUCUAGUGUAGUACAUGUAUAUAUUUUUUGUAUUUAUUCCAAGAAAUGAUACUGGAGAUGAGUUUCGUGAGGUGAUUGAUAUUUUUGUAGUACUUUGUUUUAGUAUGUGUUUCACUUCUUUACAUUAUACAUCUCUUUCUGUUUUUCUAGCUGUGCAUAUUACAUUUCAUUUUUGCAUUGUCGUGCUUUCUGGCUACUAGUAUUAUUCACCCAACACUGCAGGAAAUGCAUUAACAUGAGCUGAAAGUGGAGAAAAAAACGAGUGAAUCGAAGUGUGGUUUGCUGCAUCACCAUGAAAAAGAUAAGUAUUGCAAAUGUGUGUACUUGUAAUAAAUUAUGUUCCUUAGCAGUCAGAUCUACA